AUGAAGGCCACUAUCAUCGCUGCUGCCCUUGCCCAGGGCGCCGCUGCCGUCGCCGCCCCCAACGGACCGGGCAAUGGAAACUGGGGCCCCGGCAACGGUGCCGGUUUCGGUGGAUUCGGAUAUGGCGGUGGAUGGGGCGGUUUUGGCCCCGGCGGGUUCGGUCGGGGUGUUGCUCAGUGCGCUAGCUCUUGCUUCUCCUCCCACUUCGCGACCGCCACCCCUACCCCCCAAGCUUUCUGCACCGAUGCGCCGGUGCUGAACGACUGCGUCCGCUCCGCCUGCACCACCGACACGGCGGCACUGGCGUCGUACACCUCCGUCUCGUCGUCCGUGUGCAACGCCUUCACGUCCUGCGAGAGCACGAGUACCUUCACUUACAGCGGCGGCUGGUGGGGCGGCGCAUCCAAGACGGAUGCUGCCGUCACGAUCACGGGAUGCCCCGUCGACGGCUGGUGGGGCCCCGGCGGCGCGUGGGGCGGCAUGGGCCCCGGCUGGGCCUACAAGACUGAGACCGUCACAGUCACCCGCACCGUCAACGGCGUCGCCAUCACGGGACCCGCCACCGUCGCCCAGGCCGUCUCGGGCAGCAGCACGCUGUUCACGACCUUCACUGGCGCGUUGGCGGCCCAGGAGACGGGCUCGUCCGGCUCCGGCUCGCAGAACGCUGCCGCUGGUGGCGACUCCAACCGCGCUGUCAAGGUCGCCGGCGCUGCCUUGGGCGCAGUCGUCGCUGUCGUCGGCUUGAUGUAA